AAUUGAAUACGAAAAUGGCGAACACGAGCAAACCUCCGAUGAACGACGAGUGGAAAAAAUAAUUAUUUUAAAUUCCGUUUUGCCAGCGAAAUUCCAACGCGAGUCAGCUAAUGUAAAAAAAAAGUGCGCAAAACAAAAGGCAAUGCAAUUUUAAAGUAUGAAACGACCAAAGUGCAAUCGGUUGUGCAUUGAUGGCCAGCUAAAUAGAAUAAAUUAACUAUUUGCAAAUUACGAAAAAGCAGCUGAAAAACCAAUUGAGUCGAAUGUGUGGCUACAAUCGUGUGCGUACGUGAGUGUGUGUGAGUGAGCGGGCAAGAACAACGUAAAGCGGAAAGGUAGCGGGACGGACAGCAGCCAAUAAACGAAAGGAAAUAAAAAUAAAACCAAAAAUUAACAGUGCAAAAAAAUAAAAUAAAAUCAAGAGAAGUACGAAAUAAAACUUGGCGGUAAACUCUGCAAGCGUGCAUGUAUGCGUGUGUGUCUCUCUCUCUCUCUCUCUCUCUUGAGAAGCUGUGUGCGUGUGUGCUUGUCAGCUUCUCUCUGUGUGUGCGUGCCUAAAAUGUGCAUAAAAAUAACCGAUAAACUGCGCAACAAAAACAACAACUAACGCACCGCUUACUGUAAUCGCGUUCUCUAUGCGUGCACUACGUAACAGGCGAACACGUAACGUUAACGUAAGCAGUAAAGCAGCAGCGCAGCCAAGGCGGCAAAAGAAAUACCUGACUGACUAUUCUACAAUUAGGCGACAUAUUGCGUGCGCGCCAUGUGUGCAACCAAUUAUGCAAAAAACCAACAAAUUGAACGACUGCGGCAACGACAGCGCUGAUCUACGCUUGCAGCGACAAAUUUAAAUAUAAAUAGCAACAACAACAACAACAACAACACACGAAAAGCGCUGCCAGCAGCAGGACGUCGUCGCCGCCGUCGUCGUCGUCGUCGUCGUCGUAGCACUGAGCUUUUGGCGCUGUGCGUGUUGAGCACCGCAGCGAAAGUGAACGCGUAAAAGAGCGAGAGAGUGUGAGAGAGAGAGAGAGAGUGUAAGGGAGAGAGAGGGGGGCAACAAUAAUAAGAACGCCAAUCAUAAUAACUGCAAUUGCAAGGCACAGCGAAAGACUCUCUCACAUACAAAAUGGCUGCCGUGCGGGGACAUCAAUACUUUAGUCUACGCUGGAAUAACUAUCAGAACACGAUGACGUCAGUGUUUCAGCAGCUGCGCGAGGAUCUCUCCUUUGUCGAUGUGACCUUGUCCUGUGAGCAUGGCUCGCUCAAGGCACACAAGGUUGUUUUAUCCGCCUGCUCGACGUAUUUUCAAAAGCUGCUGCUCGAGAACCCGUGCAAGCAUCCAACGAUUAUACUACCCGCCGACAUCAUAUUCACAGAUCUGAAAACAAUUAUCGAUUUUGUUUAUCGCGGCGAAAUCGACGUAACCGAAUCGGACCUACAGGGCUUGCUGCGCACCGCAGAACAAUUGAAAAUCAAAGGCCUCUGCGAGCCGGCUGAGAAUGCGGAUGAUUUAAAUGACGCGGCAUCGGCGACAAUAACCGUAUCGGAGAACAUACAGCAGGCGGUUGUUGGGAACAUUGUGAACGCGAGCCUAGUGCCCGGCGCGCCCUCGCCCACAAUCGAGCAGCAGCAACAGCACCAUCAGCAGCAACAACAGCAACAACAGCAGCAGCAGCAACAGCAGCAGCAACAGCAGCAGCAGCAGCAACAGGAGCAACUGGUGAAUAGUGCGCUGCUGACACAGCAUACGCUUGCAACAAUCAGUGGCAUACAGUUGGCCAACGCGGCCGGUCAGCAGCUGCUGAGCAACACAGGCGGCGGCACAAGCAGCAGCUUGCAACAGUUGCAGCAGCAGCAACAGCAGCAGCAGCAGCAGCAGCAAUUGCAGCCAACGCCGCGUAAAUCGCGACUGCGUAAACGCUCCAAAUCGCCAGAUUUGCAACUGGGUGGCAACGCCGCCGGCCAGCAACCACAGCCGGCACACCACCAGCAGCAACAGCAACAACAACAUCAGCAACAACAGCAUCAGCAACAACAACAGCAACAACAACAACAACACCAUCAUCCGCAAACGAUACUCAUCCAGGGACAAAAUCAAACAUCGAUCGUGAGUCUACAGCAAACAGCAGACGGCAAUUAUAUACCAGUGGCAACAGCUGGCGACGACUCCGAUAGCGAUAACAAGCCGCAAAAGAUCUGCAAGACAGAGCAGUCGGUGGCCUCGCCGGCAUCCAACUCGUCCACAUCGAAUAAUGCAGCGGGCGUGAGCGGCCAGGCGAUUGUGACACAAAUUGUAGUAGCGCGCGACGGAAAAGAUAAAAAUAUGACUAGUUUAGGCAUGGGCAUGAACGGCGGUCUGUUGGGCGUGCCCAUGGGCUUUCUGGACUUCACACCGGAACCACCAGCACCAUCGGCCACACCAGUCACCGUUACGGAACACGUCGAUCUAUCGUGCAACCCCAGCACCGAUACACGCGAUCUAUCAAAUCCCACCGAACCGCUCGACAUUGACAAUCAUUUGGCUCAGCACAUCCAUCGGCUCGAUCAAUCUCCCAUGCACUCAAUAUCACAUCACCAUGCAACCGGGGACGAGAGCAACUCGAAUCUGGCGCAGCAUAUCAAAAGUGAGGUGAUUGAGGCCAAGCACCUGGUGCAUGUGCAACAGCAGCAGCAGCAACAACAACAACAACAGCAACAACAGCAACAACAGCAACAACAGCAACAACAGCAACAGCAACAACAUGCACAUCAUCACCAGCACUUGCAUGCCCAGCAAUUGCUGGCGCAGAGUCAGCAACAGCAACACCAGCAGCAGCAGCAGCAACAACAGCAGCAACAGCAGCAGCAGCAGCAGGCGGCGGUGCAUGCGGCACAGCAUGCAGCGCUUGCAACGCAUGCAGAAAUCGGUGGCGCCACCGUCAUGGAGAUUGAUCCGAGCCAGAUCAAGCAUGAGCCGGGCAUGAUUAUAACGCCAGAGAUUGUCAAUAUGAUGUCCACCGGGCAUAUGGACAUGUACAACUCGGAUACGAGCGAGGACUCAAUGAUGAUCGCCAACGGUUCGCCGCACGAUCAGAAUGAGCCGCAUUAUACGAAUUUGGAUCAGCAGCACGGCGGCCUGGGUGGCAGCGUUUGCGGCCCCGGCGCCGGUGGUGUUGGUGGUGGUGGUGGUGGCGGCAUUGGUGGUGGUGGUAGUGCUGGCGAGAAAGGUCAGUUUAAUGGUCCCAAAGCUUGGACACAAGAUGAUAUGAAUUCAGCUUUAGAUGCAUUAAAGAAUCAAAACAUGAGCCUGACGAAAGCAUCUGCCAUUUAUGGCAUACCAUCAACGACCUUAUGGCAGCGUGCUCAUCGUUUGGGCAUCGAAACGCCUAAGAAGGAGGGCGGUACCAAAUCGUGGAACGAGGAUGCCUUACAGAAUGCCUUGGAGGCGUUGCGUUCGGGUCAAAUAUCGGCUAAUAAAGCAUCCAAAGCGUUUGGUAUACCCUCAUCGACGCUCUACAAGAUUGCGCGUCGCGAGGGCAUACGGCUGGCGGCGCCAUUCAAUGCCGCACCAACCACGUGGACACCCGAGGAUUUGGAGCGUGCAUUGGAGGCGAUACGCGCCGGCAAUACGUCUGUACAAAAAGCAAGUGCCGAAUUCGGCAUACCGACAGGAACACUUUAUGGACGCUGCAAACGGGAGGGCAUCGAACUGUCGCGUUCGAAUCCAACACCUUGGUCCGAGGAUGCCAUGAACGAGGCAUUGAACUCAGUGCGCGUCGGUCAAAUGUCCAUCAAUCAGGCGGCCAUACACUACAACCUGCCCUACAGUUCGCUCUACGGACGCUUCAAGCGUGGCAAAUACGAUGUCGUGGCCAAUACCAGUGGCAUUUCCCUCAACAAUACAUCGGGCAACACGACCGGCAGCAUUGAGAUUAUCGAGCAUAGUCAAGAGAAUUCGUUGCAUAUGUUGCAGCAACAGUUCCCGUACAGUCCGUCGCCGCAUCCGCCGACGCCGCAGCACCACGGCACGCCGCAGCACCAUGGCGCGCCGCAGCAUCAUAGCACGCCGAUGCAUCACAGUACACCGCAGCAUCACAGUUCGCAGCAGGGUCCGCCGACGCCGCAGGGCAUGCAACAGCACGUGGUGCACAUGCAGCAGCAGCAGCAGUCGCCGCAUCAGGCACACCAUCAGCAGCAGCAGCAGCAUAUGCAACAGGAUGUGGUCACAUCGAGCAGCCAGGUGGUGCAUAGCCAGCAACAGCAGCAACAGCAGCAGCAGCAGCAGCAGCAGCUUCAGCAGAUCUAUCAGCAUCACGGCACGCCCGAGCGUAGUUGAGAAUCACUGCACGCUGCGGCAAUGCUAGGCGGCGGCGGCGGCGGCGGUGGCGGCAAUGGAGGUGGAGGUGGUGGCGGCAACACAACACCAACAACAGCAACAGCAGCUGGAGCAGCAACACCCUUUGCCAGCAUAUCGGGCCUGGCCAGCGGAUCGUCUACGGCGCCGCCAUCGUCGAGCACAGCUGGCACCAGCAAGCGCAAGAAAGCGACUAAGCAAAAGCGUUGAGAAAGCGCCACCGCCGCUGCCGCCGCUGGCUGCGAGAGAGUUGAAGAAGAUGUCGACAGCUCUGCCACGCCCACCAAUAGCAACACAAACGCCACCGUCGUCGCUGCCGCCGCCGCCGCUGCCGCCGCCAUUAAAUUUCGCUUCAACUCGAAGCACUGGAAGCGCAAGUUAAAACAGUUUCAUUUGUUGUUGUCGAAACCAACUGGAAUAGAAGAAGAAGAAGAAGAAGAAGCGCUUGACGCUCAGCCAGAAAUGAGAGCGCCAAGCGAAGAGAGCAAAGAUAAGCAAACGUAAGAGCGAACAACUAAAGCGAAGAGCGUAACUUUUUGGCAGGAAUUAAAAAGCAAAAAA